CUUUGCCCCUCGCGCGAUCGAGACAAGAGACGGGACCCUUCUCCCCAAACCUGGCCCGACCCGAAAGCCCACCAGCCGCUUUCUUCUCCUCGCCGCCGCCGCCUCCGCCUCCGGCGACCCCCGGAGCCCGAGAAGGAGCAAGAGCGAGAGUUCAGCGAGGCGAAGGAAGGAGGAGGAGAUGGUGAGCGGCUCGUCGUCGUCGGUGGUGAACGUGUACCCGCUCGCCAACUACACGUUCGGCACCAAGGAGCCCAAGAUGGAGAAGGACACCUCCGUCGCCGACCGCCUCGCCCGCAUGAAGGUCAACUACAUGAAAGAAGGAAUGCGGACAAGUGUUGAAGCAAUCCUGCUGGUGCAAGAGCACAACCAUCCUCACAUACUCCUGUUGCAAAUUGGGAAUACAUUUUGCAAACUUCCUGGUGGACGGUUGAAGCCUGGAGAGAAUGAAAUUGAUGGCCUGAAAAGAAAGCUGUGCAGCAAACUUGCAGUGAACUCACCUUCCUUUCCACCUAACUGGCAGGUUGGGGAGUGUGUUGCUGUCUGGUGGAGGCCAAACUUUGAGACUGUGAUGUAUCCUUACUGCCCUCCACAUAUUACCAAGCCCAAGGAGUGCAAGAAGCUUUUCAUUGUUCACCUAACUGAAAGGGAGUAUUUCGCCGUUCCAAGGAACUUGAAGCUACUUGCUGUUCCACUGUUUGAACUAUAUGACAAUGUUCAGCGGUACGGACCUGUCAUUUCCACUAUCCCUCAACAGCUGUCUAGGUUCCAGUUCAAUAUGGUGAGCUCGUAAGGGUGAUGAGAUAUGAAGAGAAGCAUGUGUUAAGGCCUCUUUCGUCAACACAUUGGCAGAUGGACUGUCGACGUGUUGAACUAGCUGAUCAACUUAGCAUGACCCAUUUGUUUUAUCAUACCGAUUUUCUCUGAAUUAUGCAUCGUUAGACUGUAAUCUAGACAUGCAUUUCGACAAUUUGUUUGGCGAUUCUCUUAUUACUCGUUAUGUGCCGGUGCAAGGUGUAUUAUUUAGAUAAUUAUAUGUUGCUGUCCGGCGCUAAUUAUUCGUGUAUGUAUCGACGUAUGUUUGUAUUCUUCUGAUGCUGUCUGUAGUUAGAACUCUAUGCUCUUGUUUUCAUUC